UUUUUUAACCGGAAGUAGCGUUCGUUAUUGUGGCGUCGUUCUCUCCUGCCAGGGAUAAGGAAGCUCAUACGUUAAACGGUGAGAAUCAUGGACCAUCAUACGAUGUGAUAUGUCAACGGUGCCUAGUCUGAAGUUGCCUUAGUCCAGGACCCUGCAGACCAGGAUGGCUCUAAUAGAGGGGGUGGGUGAUGAGGUCACCCUGCUCUUUGGAGUGGUGUUCCUGGUGCUCGUCCUGGUUCUGGCCUGGGCCUCCACUCACACUGUUGUACCCCCUGAACACCUCCUCUCGCCCAGCCAAGGGACCUCCCCCUCCACAGAGACUGACAGCCAGGAGUCACUCCCCCCUGGUAACACAGACUCGUCGUCACCUGGCAGCAUCAGGGAGAACAAUAAGAGUGAGCCUGGAACAGAAGCGGGAGCAGUGGGACAAUCCUCGGAUGGUAGUAGGGCUGGGGAAGGAGAGGGAGGCCUCCUAGAAGAAGCAGGUAUUGGGAGGGAUGGGUUGAGACAUCGAGAAUCAGCGGGUCCCUCAAGUCAACCUCCAGCCAGCGCCCCAAGUGCCACACAGCCUUUGGCCGAAGAUGCACUGAAUGACACCCAAAGAAACAUGGUGCUCAGGCUGAAGUUCUUGAAUGAUACAGAGAGGACAGCACAGGUGAAUCCUCAAGACACCAUUGGUUACGUUAAACGGACUUACUUUGCUGGACAGGAGCACCAGGUACGUCUGAUUUACCAGGGUCAGCUCCUUCAGGACGAUGCUCAGACGUUGGCUUCCCUCAACCUGUCCGACAACAGUGUUCUGCACUGCCACAUCUCACAGAAUGCCACUCGGGCCAUGCCUGCCGGGGCACGGGCUGCUGACCAGGUUCAUGUGGCGCUCAAUGUGGGCAGCCUCAUGGUGCCUCUGUUUGUGUUUAUGCUGUCUGUACUCUGGUACUUCCAGAUCCAGUACCGGCAGUUCUUCACUGCACCUGCCACCGCCUCACUCGUGGGCAUCACCAUCUUCUUUAGUUUUGUUGCAUUUGGGGUGUAUCGCCGUUGAUGGCUGUUUCGGUCCACUCAUAUUCAACAUUUGUGUUUGCGCACAUACAGAUACACAUUCUUUGCACUUGCUCACCAAUACCAGUGGCAAUGUCUUCUUGCAUUUUUGGACUUUUCAGGUUUGCUGAAGGCUGGGAUUUCAGGGAAACAUCUCUGAGGUCUUUUUUAUUUUAUUUUUCCUCCAUCACUUUUGCUAUUUUUUAUCUGCACCAAGUUUAUGCUUGUGUUACAGGUAGAAAUAUGCUAUAUAUUUGAUUUUUAAAAGAAAACUAGAGAUUCGUAUUGAGCCUGUCCUCUUUUUUUUUUUUUUUGUCACCUUUUUUUUAUUUUAUGUGCAUGCUGCCAGUGUGAGACUGGGGCUUGCUUGUAAGAGGUUAUGUGAGCUGAUGGUGUUUGAGUUUCAAGUGGGGCUCCUCUGGCCCUCUGCCAGACACAAACUGUACUAAAGCAGGUCAGGUAGAGCUGCUCUUAUAUGUUGGGACAAUUACAAUCAUUUGUGUACAUUAAGGCUUUUGAAAUGGAGAUAUAAUCUAUUAAAUCAUUGUUUUAUUUAUU